AUGGACGGCAAAACUGAGAUGGAGACUCGUGGACGCUCGGGUGAAGAGGAUGAUCAAUUGCAACGAAGUACUAAAAAGGUUAAGGCGCCGGAGGGGCCGAGUGAUGGUCAUGUCCCGGCUGCGCUUUCUUUUAAGGAAGCGAUGUUAGGAGGGCGGAGGAAUAUGAUCACUAGAUUUGAUGAGUUGGGCUCCUUGGAAUUGGAUGAGGGACUGAUCAGUAUUACGCAAAAGGAUGGCUGGCCUUCGAUUUCUCUUUCUGAGAAUUUCAAGGCACAUAUUCGCAAUCAAUGGAAGGAUUGUAUUAUUGUGAAACUCUUAGGUGUUGGUUUUUGUGUCGCAAAGUUUUCAUCCCUUGAUGAUUUGAGGAGGGUUAUGGAUGGAGGCCCCUGGACUGUCUUUGGGCACUAUCUUACAAUACGUAGGUGGCAACCGGAUUUUAAUCCGGACACGACAACUAUUGAAUCCACCGUGGUCUGGGUUCAUUUUCCUGGUUUACCCAUUGAGUAUUUCCACUCGAGACUCCUUAUGGCUAUAGGCAAUACUUUGGAGAAAGCUGUUAAGGUUUUCUUUGAGGAUCGAUGGCUAUCAGUGGAAUAUGAAGGGCUUAAACAUAUUUGCUUCCAAUGUGGUAGGGCAGGAACUACUGAGCAGUGUGCUCUCUGUCCAAAACCAGCUGUUACUGAGAUAAUUCCGGCAGGGAAGGGUGAUGAUCAUUCUGGUGCCGCUGGAGAUUUUGGGCCUUGGAUGAUAGUUCAACCCCGGAAACCACGGAAGUCAACUAAUCAGAACCUAAAAUCUCGGACACUCAUUAUGGCAGGGAGUGGAGUUAAGGAUGGCUCUAGAGUUUCGGCUCUUGCCGAGGGAGGGGAAAACUUGAAUCUUGAUGCCAGUUCGGGUAAUCUGUCUGCUGCUCGAGUUUCUCAAGCUAAAUGUCACAUGGAGGAUUCCGGUGGUAGAACAGAGGGUUCAUGUGAUUUUCUUGAAGAUGAUGAUUUGAUGGAGGAUAAUUUCAUUUCGGCUGGUUUGGAGGCGGGGGAGAAAAGCUCAGAUGUUCGCUUUCGAAAUCCGCCUGAUAAGAAUUAUUCGGCCUCUGGUGUUCUUGAGACUCAAUUUCAAGAUGCUAGGAGAGGAAUUUCGACCCCAAAACAUCUAUUAAUGAAUUUUAUCAUUUGGAACAGUCGUGGUACUGGAAAUAAGACUUUUCGUCAUCAUGCUAUUGACAUGAUUAGUACUUAUAAACCAUCUAUUAUGGCGGUUGUUGAGCUGAGAGUGUCUGGUGCUACAGCUCGGAGAGUGUUACGAAGACUCAAAAUGCCAAAAUUCCAUAUAGCGGAUCCGGAAGGGUUUGCAGGAGGGAUUUGGUUGUGUUGGGAGGAGUCCAUUUUAAGUUUGGAAGUGGUGUUUUCCUCUCCUCAAUUGGUCCAUGCCUUUGUUGAAAGGCCAGGGGAAUCCAAAUUUCUCCUAUCUGUGAUUUAUGCCAGCCCCAUUUUGGAAAUUCGCAGACGACUUUGGGACUCUCUUAUCGAGUUUGCCGGCUCGGUGGAUGUCCCAUGGCUUGUCAUGGGGGAUUUUAAUGAUGUGUUGAGUAGUAACGAAAAGCUUGGGGGGUCAGUGCCUAAUAUUGGUAGAUGUUUGUCAUUCUCUAGUAUGAUUUUAACUUACGGUUUAAUUGAUCUGGGGUUUAAUGGUUCUAGCUUUACUUGGGUGAACAAACGGAAAGGCUUGGCUCGUGUUCAAGAAAGAUUGGAUAGGGCAUUGGCGAACUCGGAUUGGCGGCUACGUUUUCCUGAUGCCAUAGUACAGCACUUACCUCGUUUACAUUCAGAUCAUUGCCCUAUUUUGAUCCGUUGUGAACCUGUGUUGGCGAUGAAUAGAUCACAACGCCCUUUUCGGUUUCAGGGAAUGUGGUUAUCUCAUGAGGGGUUUACGGCAAUGAUUGAUGGUUUAUGGAAUAGCUUGAAUGGUAACCUAUGGGGUAAGGGUGAGAAACUGACGAUGUCUUUACAGGAUUGGAAUCGGGAGGAGUUUGGCAAUAUUUUUGAGCGUAAAAAGAAACUGAGGGCUCGAAUUGCUGGCUUGCAGCGCUCUUUGUCUUUGCAUUAUUCUCACCAGCUUCAAUUACUUGAGAAUGGAUUGAUUCGUGAAUAUAACCAGAUCUUAGUACAGGAGGAAACUUUUUGGGCCCAGAAGUCAAGAGUUCAGUGGUUACAACAGGGGGAGAAAAACACUAGGUUCUUUCACUUAUCAACUAUCUGCCGGCGGAGGCGCAAUAGAAUAACUAUGCUACGAGAUGGUAAUGGCGAUUGGGUUACUGAGAUUGGUCCUCUUCAGGAACUUGUUCUCAGCUAUUUUCGAGAUCUAUAUACUGAAGAGGAGGAAGGGAAAACGAUGUUGGAACCGCUAUCACAGCCAGUUAUAUCUAGCAUGGAUGGGAUUGCACUAGCUAGAGAGAUUUCCCCUUGUGAAGUUCGUACAGCUCUAUUUCAGACGAAGCCUUGGAAAGCCCCGGGUGUUGAUGGCUUUCAAGCUGGUUUUUAUAAAAAAAUGUUGGGAUUCAGUGGGGAAGGACUUAGUGGAUUUCGUCCAUUUCGCCCAAUUAGUUUGUGUACAGUAGCUUAUAAGCUCAUUACAAAGGUCCUGGUGAAUAGGUUGGGGCCCUUAUUGGGUGAUUUGAUUGGUCAUUUGCAAUCGAGCUUCAUUCCUGGUAGGCAAGCAGCUGAUAAUAUUUUUAUUGCUCAAGAGAUGAUUCAUACUGUUAAGAAGUCCAGAAGUAAGAAUGGUUUGAUGGCUGUAAAGAUUGAUUUGGAGAAGGCUUAUGAUCGUGUUAGUUGGGAUUUUUUGCGUGACACAAUUAUGGCUUUUAAUUUUCCUCCAAGUUGGAUAAAUUUGAUUAUCUUUUGUGUGGAGAGUGCUUCGAUGUCAGUUCUAUGGAAUGGAGAGAAAACUGAAAUGUUUCAUCCUGGUAGGGGGCUCUGGCAAGGAGAUCCCCUCUCUCCUUAUCCUUUUGUUCUUUGUAUGGAGCAUCUCGGGCAUCUCAUCUUGGACGAGUCCCAAGCUACAUGCAUUCGUCGAGUUUUGGACACUUUUUGUGCUGCUUCGGGGGCUAGAGUUAGGCUUUAUAAAUCAAAGUUGUAUAUUUCCCCUCAUGUAUCUAGGCGUAAUGCGCAGAAAACUAGUGAGAUUCUUGGGAUCAAUUCUUCAAAUGAUCUCGGGAAAUAUCUUGGAGUGCCUUUGAUUCAUGGUAGAGUUGUUAAGGAUACCUUCCGUGAGAUGGUGGAUAAGGUUUGUACACGAUUAAAUGGGUGGAAGUAUAAAUUUUUAAGCUUGGCUGGGCGAGCUACUUUAAUUAGCUUGGUGACUAGUUCUAUUCCUACGUAUAACAUGCUUACUGUCAGGAUACCUCAAGGCACUAUUGUUAAGUUGGAUAGUAUGAAUCGUCGCUUCUUAUGGGGUGGUAGUGAAGAGAAGAGGGCACUCCACUUAGUCUGUUGGGAGGAUGUGUGUCGGCCAAAAAUAAUGGGAGGCUUGGGCCUUCGAAGUAUGGCACUUCACAAUAGAGUUUUAUUACAAAAGACAACAUGGAGAUUUUUAAUGGAGCCUAAUAGCUUGUGGGUGAAAUUGCUGAGAGCUAAAUAUGCUAUCCCAAGUGAUGUUGUUGGCUUUGUUAAUUCCCAUGUGUGUAAACCUUCCUGGUCAUACUCUUGGAGGGGUCUCUUUGGUGCAAUUGGUGAACUAUCUAGGGGAUUGAAAUGGCGCAUUGGGACGGGUUCUCAUGUUGGUUUUUGGACAGAUUUAUGGCUGGAUAAACCUAUUCUUACGGAGCUUGAUGUGAUUCCUUCACAUGCUAAUUCUGCAGCACGAGUGAGUGAUUUUAUUGAUGCUACGGGUCAUUGGAAUAUGGAUUUUAUUUUUGCACAAGUGCCCUUGGAUGUCGCUAUGAAGAUCAUUGCCUAUCCUUUGCCUCGGGUUGGUGUUUUACAUGAUGCGUAUGUGUGGGCUAGUACUCCGAAUGGGAAGUUUACCACAAGAUCUGCCUACUUGAAUCUAUUGAAUGAAGCUGGUACCUGCCUUGAGGGUAGUAUGAGCUGGAUGUGGAAAUUACCUAUCCCGGUUCGAUGGACUUAUUUUCUUUGGCUAGCCCGGCGGGGUCGUUUGGUUACGAAUGAGUUGAGGCUUCGUUGGGGUCUUACUACAGAUGCUUCGUGCGUUAUUUGUGGUGCUAAUUUGGAGGAUAUUCUCCAUGUUUUGAGAGAUUGUAUCGAAGCAAAAAGGCAUGUUAUCCUUUUUGCAACUACUUACUGGCGGCUUUGGACCCGGCGCUGCAACCAUACAUUUCAAGAGGAAGGUCUUGCUCUAGAUCAAUCGGAUGUGGUGCAGAAUAUCAUGAUAUCUACUACUCAGAUAUGUGCUCUACAGGCUCCAGAUAGUAGUUUGUGUUUGUGUACUAAGCACAUACAUUGGUUUCCUCCUACUUCUCCCUCGGUGAAAUUAAAUACGGAUGAAGCUUCUUGUGGUAAUCCGGGUUUGUCUGGUGCAGGGGGUUUGCUGCGUGACUUUACAGACAAGUGGCUUGUUGGUUUCUCUGCUCAUUUGGGAAUCACGACUAAUAUUGCUGCGGAGCUUCAUGCCUUACGCUUAGGUCUCAUCCUUGCUUGGGAUGAAGGAUAUAGACACGUGGAAUGCGAAAUUGAUGCUAGCGUUGUGUUGAGUUUGAUUGAUGAUGCUGAUUUAAAGUUCCAACCUUUCAGUUCUCUUAUACUUGACAUCAGGGAGUUGUUGAAGAGGGAAUGGGAAUGUAAGUGUCUCCAUACAUUGCGAGAAGGGAAUUUUUGUGCUGAUGUUUUAUCAAAAAUGAGAUGCUCGUUGGAUGAGGAUUAUGUUGUUUUUCGUCAGCCACCUGUCGAGAUGAAAGGAGUGUUAUAG